AAUGAGAGAGUGUUUGAUAAUAAAGCAGUUAAUACUUACAAUACUUACUAUACUUACAAUACAACAAACAGUAUAACAGUUUUGAGUGCAUUCAUUGAAUUGCAAAACGUAUUUAACGUUUCAAAUCAAUUAUUCGUAUUAAUUAUUAUAACGGUUUGAUUGCAUCUUAUUUAAUGCAAAUGUAAUUCAAAUUAAUCAUAUUUUAAGUUUUAUUUUCAUAUAAAUUUGCAAAUUAUUUAUUGAUUUUGAAAUCAAUUGAUUGCAAAAUAUUUAAAUAUUUGUUAAUAUAAUAUAAUGUAUUGAAUGCUAGCCUUGAAUGAGACCACAGUUUGUCUCAGUGUUAGUGUUAUUGUGUGUAAACAUUGGGCUCAAUAUUACAGCAAUUGAUAUCAAUUACUAUGUCUUUCAACUCAUUUGUCGAUGUAUUGCUCCAGAGGUAUGCCGACUAUCAACUGGACGACUGUCCCUAUGAGGUGUUUGUCGUGGGAGGCCUAUCGCCCGGUGCUAAGUCAGGUAAUCAUUUAAUCCUUCCGCCGGCACUCUCACUAAACAAAUGUCGGGUCAAAAGCGCCGGACCGGAGAAAAAGAUUCGGGAAUUAUGUUCGACAGUCGAGGAACUGGAUUUAGCGUCAAAUAAUUUGAUUGAUAUGCGAGAAGUUUUCAAAAUAGCCCGAUCUAUGCCUAAUCUAAGAUUUAUUAAUUUGAGUGAAAAUAAUUUAACGAAAUGUAAUAUUGAAAGCUUAGGAAAACAUAGAUUUGAAAAUAUAAGAAGUCUUGUACUCAAUAAUACACGAAUUCCUUGGUAUGCAUUGAGAAUAUUACUCGAUUCCAUGCCUUCAGUCGAUGACUUACACCUCAGUCUCAAUGACUAUUCGUCUGUCGAUUUAAAUCCCGGCCAUAAAUAUCUAAAUAUUAAAUACUUAUAUUUAAGCGGAAAUCCACAGUUAAGCAAUUGGGAAGACCUUAAAAAAUUGAUGCGAACUUUUCCCUGUCUGGAAGGCCUAACAAUGGCUGAUUGCAAUAUAUCGACGAUUCCUGAAGAAGCGAUCAAAUAUUUACCUAAUUUACAGAGUCUUAAUAUAACCAAUUGGCCCAUCAAGUCGUGGCAAUGCAUCGAAAGGCUCAACCAUUUGCCAAAAUUACGACAACUUCGUUGUCAAGGAUUACAUCUUCUCAACGGUAUUGAAGGACCAGAGAGCAGACGUCACCAUCUGAUCGCACGUCUCCCUAAUAUUCAUCGACUUAAUGGAAGUGAUAUUACAGAAGAUGAACGAGUAUUUGCUGAGAAAGCUUUUCUUCGUUGGUAUGUCAUGAAUGAGCACUGGGAGAAACCACAAAAAUUUUUUACUUUAUUGUCAAUCCAUGGACGGGUUGACCCAAUUGCUGAAUUGGAUUUUUCGCCGCCAAAACACGCAGAAGUACAAGUAGUCUAUAAUGAAGAUGAAAUCACUAAUGAAGACAACGAAAAAACACAUAAAAAACAAUUGAAAAUUGAUUUAAAUAAAUCUGUUGGAGAUUUUAAAUCUGAAUUAGGGUCAAUGUUUGGCGUAUCUCCCACUCAAAUGCGUGUCUUUUAUGUGGACAGUGAGAUGUCAGAUCUCAUAGGACCGGAACUGUUGCGCUUCAAUCAAAAGAAGUUAUAUACAUAUAAUGUUAGAGACGGCGACCAAUUCUUAAUUGAUCACAAAUAAGUCGUUUUGUUUUGUUUUGCUGUUUAUAGCAUCAAAUUAAUACCAUA